CUUUCCUUCCUCUUGACUGUGCUCGAUUCCAGCUGCCUUCACUACAACGAUAUCAAUUGAUUGAUCAAAUUGUGGUGUAUGACCAACAGCUCAGCGCAGCGGAAUCCCAAUGUAAGAAGGACAAGGAAUCUUACAGCAUGUAAGUUGGAGGCCAUCGAUGCGAAAUGAUGGAUGGGGUCCGAGGCAGCUGAUGUUUUUGUCUAUUUAUUUGCUCAAGGCAUGCGAUGUCGCGAGCUCAAGAAAAAAUGCGACAAUGGGACCCCUUCCUGCGCUCGCUGUCUCGACUUUGGCGCUAAAUGCUUGUAUCUGACCUAUGAGCAAUACCAGCGAGGAUUGGCCGAUAGCAUCAAUGCAUUGGGCAACGAACUAGAGCAAUUUGAGUGCACGAUCCAGGAUUUGUUUGGCCAGUCACAAGACGAUUCGGCCAGCAUGGUGAGUAGUAGCACUUCAAGUAGCGAAACCAGCCUUAUGGAUGAGUUGGAGACGGAACUAGUGGAUCAAGAGGACGUGGAACUAUCACCGAACACUCGAAAAUUUUACCAAUAUCUGAUCAUCAAUCGAGUCAAUCGCAUCAAACCCACCUCCUCCCAGCCAUCCUCUCCUACCUCACCUAGACCAGACUCGUUACCGUCGUCACCUUCUUCGCCUUCUCCAUCAGAGCGUUCUCGUUUAUUUGUUUCUGCAAAAUCUGCUUCACCCUGGCAGAUGCGCGUAUACCAUACAGGGCUGUCUAUUCAAACCAACAUACAAACUUUCAAGGAUCUCCACGACCUUUUUAAAUCUCACCAUCCCCAUCUACCCUAGCAUUGCACGACAAGUCUCCUUCACAAAGAAAAAGAAAAAAUAAUACUCCCAGAUAUAGUCACUAAGAAAAAAUAACCCGAGAUACCUAACCUGACCCACAUUUUCUAGAAAAUCCUCGCUGGCCAAUGGGAACUAUCUCCCCUUCAGCUAUUCUCCAUUGUACAUUUCCUUAAACACCUAAAUUGUAAUCCACUCCCUGUAUAAAAUAAAAACAGUAGUUUCUCAACGCUACUUGCGGACAUAACGC